UUUUGUCCAACCGGGACUGCUAAUGCUCACGCAGACUUUGGCGCUCAGCUGAACUAUAAUAUUCUCUAGAAGUUGCACAUAAUCUUGAAACAAUGAGAGAAAUCGUACACCUCCAGGCUGGGCAGUGUGGUAACCAGAUUGGUGCCAAGUUUUGGGAGGUGAUCAGCGAUGAACAUGGGAUCGACCCCACCGGCACCUAUCAUGGAGACAGUGACCUGCAGCUGGACAGGAUCAGUGUGUACUACAAUGAGGCCACAGGAGGUAAAUAUGUUCCCAGGGCCAUCCUAGUUGACUUGGAGCCUGGCACCAUGGACUCUGUGCGCUCUGGACCCUUUGGACAGAUCUUCAGGCCUGACAACUUUGUUUUCGGUCAGAGCGGUGCCGGUAACAACUGGGCCAAGGGUCACUACACAGAGGGUGCAGAGCUGGUGGAUUCUGUCCUAGAUGUGGUGAGGAAAGAGUCUGAGAGUUGUGACUGCCUUCAGGGCUUCCAGCUCACACACUCCUUGGGUGGUGGCACCGGCUCUGGCAUGGGCACCCUGCUCAUCAGCAAGAUCCGUGAAGAGUACCCCGACCGUAUCAUGAACACCUUCAGCGUUGUGCCUUCCCCCAAAGUGUCUGACACAGUGGUAGAGCCCUACAAUGCCACCCUGUCAGUACAUCAGCUGGUUGAGAACACAGACGAGACCUACUGCAUUGACAAUGAGGCACUGUAUGAUAUCUGUUUCCGCACACUCAAGCUAACCACACCCACUUACGGUGACCUCAAUCAUCUAGUGUCAGCUACCAUGAGUGGCGUUACAACCUGCCUGCGAUUCCCUGGCCAGCUGAAUGCCGACCUCCGCAAACUUGCCGUCAACAUGGUGCCCUUCCCCCGUUUGCACUUCUUCAUGCCUGGCUUUGCCCCUCUGACCAGCCGUGGCAGCCAGCAGUACCGUGCCCUCACAGUGCCCGAGCUCACCCAGCAGGUGUUCGAUGCCAAGAACAUGAUGGCGGCUUGCGACCCACGCCAUGGUCGUUAUCUCACAGUAGCAGCUGUCUUCCGUGGCAGAAUGUCCAUGAAGGAGGUGGAUGAGCAGAUGCUCAAUGUCCAGAGCAAGAAUAGCAGCUACUUUGUGGAGUGGAUUCCAAACAAUGUCAAAACAGCUGUCUGUGAUAUCCCACCAAGAGGACUCAAGAUGGCCGUCACCUUCAUUGGCAAUAGCACCGCCAUCCAGGAGCUGUUCAAGCGCAUCUCGGAGCAGUUCACUGCCAUGUUCCGCCGCAAGGCCUUCUUGCACUGGUACACUGGCGAGGGCAUGGAUGAGAUGGAGUUCACUGAGGCUGAGAGCAACAUGAAUGACCUGGUGUCCGAGUACCAACAGUACCAGGAUGCUACAGCUGAAGAAGAGGGAGAGUUUGAUGAAGAGGCUGAGCAGGAUGCCUAAGGAGUCUGAGGAAGUUUAGUUAAAGAUUAGAUGUGUUGGGAGGGGGGGGGACUGUAGAAUAAAUGUUGUAGUGAAAAGAUCCUUUCACUACUUACAAAAUCAACAUGCCAAAUUGUGUGUUUAGUUUUAUGUUUCAUUACUCUUUCAUUGUCAUGCUCUGACUUAUUUCCUUUGAAAACUGUACAGAAAAAGCAAAUGGUCAAGAUCCAACCAGUAUCUUCCCAGAGUAAUUCUAACUGGCUGUUUUUUAAAGGUCAGCUUUGAUUUGGGGA